AUGCCGUAUAUUCAAGAUUUCUCACGAAAUAUUGCAGAAUUAGGAUUUCUUGCCACAUUGGCUGGAAACUCGACUCUUAUAUUCCUAACCAGAUCGAAAACGAAACAUAUCCGAGGCCCAUAUAAGAGAAUGAUCAUUAUUUUUGCAUUCCUUGGAAUCGCGUUUUCCGUGGUUGAAAUGACGGCACGACCAUUUGUGCACAGCUACAAUGGAGCAUUUGUCUACUUCAGUUUGGCGGAGGAAAUCUCUGGAUUGCAGGGAAUUGUCACUUUUCUACUGGCUUUGUAUGCGGGGCUGUAUGCAAUGCUAAUCUCGUUUGUGGCGGUUCAGUUUAUAUUUCGAUAUUUUAUUUUGAACGAUCAUGAAACGGCUCAAAUGUUGUUCCAAGGAUGGAAGUUGAUGAUUUGGGUAAUAUAUGCGAGCAUUUUCGGAGUUGCUUGGAUCUGUUUGUGCUUUUUCUGCGGAAAAUUUGAUGAUUACUCAAUGGAAUAUACAAGGGAAGAAAUGAACGAAGUAUAUGACAUGAACAUCACUCAAACUGCUGGCAUGAUUAUUGUGGCCUACGAACUACUUCGAUGGAUGUCACAUUACUCCGUUCGCACAGAAUCUUAUUAA